AUGAUGAGACAGGAGGACUCCGCUCCCAUUGGCAUAUUGCUGGGUCAACAACAUAUGUGGGUGGACAACAUAUUUCCAUUUCUGGGGAAGGGACAUUAUGCUUUGGUUGGAGCUGUCAACAAGCAAUUCAAUCAACACUACAAAGAGUUUUGUAAGAAAGCGGGGAGUGAUCCGUGCACAUUCUACAGAAUGGCUUUUCGGACUGUGUCAUGUGCCGAGUACUGGUACUCAGACAGCUCAAGACACAAGACUCUGGGGAAAGAUUGGGUUUGUGCGGAAAUUGCCAGACAUGGGCGUCUCAGGGUUCUCGAAUGGGCCCACAACAAGGGAUAUGAAUGGAAUGGGGACACUGCGGAAGCUGCUGCCGAGAGUGGGCAACUUGAGGUGCUACAAUGGCUGCAUGAGCAAGGCUGUACAGUGAAUGAAUGGACGUGCACAGCUGCUGCCGGAGGGGGGCAUCUGCGUGUUCUCAAGUGGGCACGGGAGCAGAACUGCUCAUGGAAUAUCUACGCUGCUGCAGACGCAGCUAGAUAUGGUCAUUUUGAAACUCUCAAGUGGGCUAUUGAGAAUGGAUGCUAUUGGGAUACCAACACAUGCUCAGGUGCUGCUGAGGCUGGCCACUUUGGAAUCUUAAAGUGGGCAAGAGAGAAAGGAUGCCCAUGGGAUAAGAGGACAUGCACAUCAGCUGCAAAUAGUGGGCAUCUUGAGAUUGUGAAGUGGGCACAGCAGAAUGGAUGCCAUUGGGAUGCUGAUACAUGCUCUGCUGCUGCUGGGGGUGGACAUCUCAGUAUUCUGAAAUGGGCACAUGAGAAUGGUUGCCCAUGGGAUGCCUCAGUUUGUGCUUCUGCAGCUGCAGGUGGCCACUUGGGGACUCUGAAAUGGUUGCAUGAGCACAGAUGCCCAUGGAAUGAAGGGACAUGUUCAGCUGCUGCUGGAGGUGGGCAUCUAGCUGUUUUGACAUGGGCCCAUGAGAAUGGAUGUCCAUGGAACUCGAUGACAUGCACACUUGCAGCGCGAAAUGGUCGACUAGGCAUUAUACAAUGGGCCCGGGACAAGGGAUGCCCAUGGGAUGCAAGGACAUGCUUAGAAGCUGCAUAUGGACGGUUGGAAGUUCUGAAGUGGGCACAUCAGAAUGGAUGCCCAUGGGAUGCAAGAACAUGCCAAGCUGCUGCUGGAGGUGGGUUUUUGGAAGUUCUACGUUGGGCCAGCAUGAAUGGAUGCCCCUGGGAUGGCUUAACAUGCUCAGCUGCAGCUGCGGGUGGGCAUCUUGACGUUCUGAAAUGGGCCCGGGGUAUGCACGUCCUGAUCAAGGAUGGCGAGACUGCCACUCAAGCCGACACCGGUGGGUAUCAAGACAAACUACUCCAAUUCCAUUUGCUGCGAGGAUUCCAGCAGCAAGUGCCACUGCGAAUUGAAACUCCGGCAAUGCUGGAGUUGACGGGCGAUCUGGUGGUUUGUGCGUCGGUGUGGGAAACGAGGACCGUACCCGUUCGGCCGCGGUUCGGGGAACGAUACUCUAUGCAUAUGGAGCCCCCAAUGUCAAACUCAAAAGUGUCGGGUGGCGUCGUCAAGAUUUCGAUCGUCACCGUUGCGGGAAGGGCAGCCGCCACUGCAGAGGGCAACCAAAGAGCGGUCUUGGGAUCAAUAAGACAAACAGACAAUGGAUUCGGAGGCGCCCUCUCAAAGGACUCGAUCUUCCCCGGAUUCCAUGUGUCUGCGUUGGACAAAUCGAAAGAUGCCGCCAGUAUGCCGCUUGGAGACGGCAAUGCCAUGGCCGUGAAAGAGGGCGUUGCGGUGGUGUAUUGCCGUGGACACGUGUGUAUUGGAUGCUCUGUAACAUACCUAGUAAACGUAAUCAUUACAAUUGUUACCAAGCCAAUUCCAGGGUAUGCCACUUUUCAGACAAAUGGUCGCUCCCAGUAA